AUGGCGGCGAAACAAAACUUAGUAAAACGCCGACAGAAACGUAUAGAUAGCACAUUUGAUCUUCACAGCACAGACUCUACCGCCAUCGAGGAAAAAUUGUUCGGCCAAACAGAGGAGGACGAGGACGAGGACAGCCGGACGGCAGACGACGGACCUGUGGUCUUCAUCUGCGGGAAGUGCAAGUUACCAGUGGGGGAUUCACUGUCCUGGGAUGGAAGUGAAGAUGACCAAAACCAGAUAAGGCUUAAACGGGUCACUGAAAACGUCUUGGUUGGAAAGGACACUCGCCUGCAUGAACCUAACAAAAGAUCUCUUUGUCUGAUUGUGGAUCUCAUCUGUCGAGGCUGCCACUCUUUGCUUGGCAUGGUUUACGCAUCCACCCCUAAGAGCAUGGACCACAAGAGGUUUACAUUCUGUUUCAAUGUUGCAGACAUCGACAGCUAUGUGCUCGGUUCUGCAAGCCAGAUGUUGGCAGCAGAGGGCCCCAAAGAGCAGGCAGUCACGUUGGAGUACAGAGGCAUUGUGGAACAGCAGCUGUCAGAGAUGAAAAUGCUGGUCGUGUCCAUGGCGCAGAGGCUGGAGGAGAUCGAGGCUGGCCUUCAAGAGGGAUGUGACGAGGCGUGACAGUGAUGGACGUCAACUCGUCUGGGUGGGUGCUUUGUCCAGUUGUUAAAUGUGAGGAUUUAAUAUCCACACUCCUCACGUUAACGCCUCUUCCUCGAAGUUUCAUCUCAGCAACAUUCCCUCAGUUUUGUCCUAGCCUCACCUUGUGCACAAACAUCUACACAUGUGCACACACAGUUCCCAAUCCGCUUUGUCCUGACUACCAGUAGUGAAACAAAGACUGUCUGCACUUGUAAUCAAUCACGUUGUCAGCUCGCCUCCUGCGGCUCAUGGCACCAUCUUCUCUGUGUGUCUCGGUGCAGAGUGAAUGUACGCUGUGAGCAGAAUGUUUAUUUGUUCAGGUUUUCAUCAGGCAGUGCUGCACACUCAGCACAAUGCUGUAUUGAUCAGGCCAUCUGAGGCCACACACACACUUUUUCUUUGUUCUCUUCUUCAAGCUUGUAAUCUUGAAGCCAAACAGCAUCGCUGCAUUUAUGUUUUCAGUCGCCUGGUUGAAGCUAAAAUUAAAGACACAUACUCUUUUAAUAUUGAUUGUAUCACAGUCAAACACAUUAUUGGAUUAUUAAUUAUUCACUUAGACAUUAUUAUAAGUCUCCUCUGUAUUGAGGAGUCUUAUAAUAGGAGUUAACAAUUCCAAUGAAA